AUGCUCGCUUCAAGGCUGGUUUCCCAUAUUGUGCUUCUAGCCGUCUUGCUCUUCGCCGGCUGCUCGGCCCCCGAAACGAGCACCAAGAAGUCGGGCUUCCUGAGCGGCUAUGCGGAAACAAUCAAGGACGGCCGGGUCACGGACCGAGUGCAAGAGUUCAUUACGCGGCUCUCUAGCCGGCAACUUCUGAGCGAGAGCCAGAUCAAACGCUGGGUCGACUCGGACGCGCGGGCGGACCUUCCAGCACGCAUGUCCCUCAGCUUGUUCGAACACGGUACAGUGACCAACCCGCAGAUGAUCUCGCUGGGCCGCGAUGAAGCCGGAGUUCAUCUGGCCGUGUCGGUGGUCAAACCGGACCUGGACACGGCUGCUGCGCUGGCUGGAGAGCCGGCGACCAAGGCGAAAGGAUGGGAUACGCGCAAGGGUGUCUUUCUGCUGCAUCUACACGAGGGGGAACCACCCAGGGUGGUCGGUUGGCUUAUGGGCAGGAAUCACAAUUCGGUUUCCAGGCUGGUCAAUUCGCCGGACAUGGUCAGUUUGAAGAUGAUCGAAUUGCGGCACGGGUUGACUGGCAUCUCCAGGCCGGCUUAG